AUGUCAAACCAAGAUCUUAAUAAACUUUUAAAUGAAUAGAGUGAUGCUUUCUAUCUUAUUAAAAAUGAUUCUAAAGCACCAAUGCCUCUAAAAUUCAUAGACUUUGAUGUGAAAAUAGAACAGAGAAUAGCAGAAAUUGAAAUGACCUAGCACUAUGUUAACGUUGAAGAUAAUCCAAUUGAAACUGUAUUUCUGUUCCCUUGUGACAUAGAUUCGGUUCUGACAAAUAUGCAAAUUCAAUUUAAACUCAAGGAUGGCACCUAGAGAGAAAUAGUAACCAUCAUUGAUAGAAAAGAGAAAAUAGAGAUUAAGUACGAGGAAAGCGUAGCCUAAGGAUAGACUGCUGUUACUGGUGCAUUCACUAAGUUACAAAGAAAUUUAGUCAGAAUCAAUAUCGGUAAUUUUCCGCCUAAUUCUGAGGCAAUUUUAAAACUGAAGUUUUAUACUACACUUUCUAUUUAAGACCUAAGUUACUGCUUCAGACUGCCAAUGAGCUAUGUUCCAAAAUAUAUCGGAGAUGUCUAAAAGUAUAUUAACACUGGAGUACAUUUGAAAGGAAUUGAUAAAGGUUCUAAUCUGACAGAAGAAGAAAAAACGUAAAAUGAAUAAGCUGUUAGUGAAAUAUAUGAUCACCCAAUGACAGACUCCUCAUAAAAUUAAGCUUAAUGGAGUAUCCAAAUAGAGCUAAGGAUGUAAGGGCAGAUUUAGAGAGUCUCUUCCAGAAAUCAUGGCUUUGAGUACAAUUUCUCUGAGGACAAGCGAGCUGCUUUGAUUAAGUUAAAGGAUUAUGAAAAAUAAUCAGCGAUGGAAUGUGAUCUUAUUUUAUUCAUAAGAGAUAACUUAACAAAUGAACCUGUCGCCAUUUCAAGCAUGAACGAAUUUGGCGAGUAAUCUGUUAUGAUAGGAGUGCUACCAGAUUUGAGAAGGCCUAAGAUCCGUGAUAGGUUCCUAAAUAAGAUAAACAGCAAACUUGGCCAGAUUGAUACAGAUCAAUAAUCUUUGUACGAAGAUGAAAAUUAAAUCGAAGAUUAAGAGGAAGAAAAAUGUAGUUAAGAUCAAGAGGAAAUAGAGAUCGAGCCUAAGCUAUUGGAGUAUGUAUUCUUGAUAGAUAGAAGUGGAUCAAUGUAGGGUCAGAGCAUCCAUCUUGCAGUUCAAGCACUCCAACUAUUCCUUCAUAGUUUACCAAUGGGGUGCAAGUUCAAUGUAGUUAGUUUUGGAUCCGAUUUUGAACUGCUAUUUGAAACAAGCUAAAUCUAUGAUGAAUCAACAUUUGAUAAAGCAGUAUCUACCAUUGCAGAAUUCGAAGCAGACAUGGGAGGUACCGAAAUAGCCUAACCGUUAUUUGAGAUUUUUUCUCAAAUUCCUGAUGAAAAUUUACCAAGGCAUAUCUAUCUACUUACAGAUGGAGAAGUUUCAAACACCGAGGAAGUUAUUGAAUUAGUCAAAGAUAACAGAAACAACUCAACUGUGCACACUUUUGGUAUUGGAGAUGGAGUAAGUACAGAGUUAAUCAAGAAGUGUGCUAUGGUAGGAGGAGGCCAUUAUAGCUUCAUUGAUAACCCUCAUGAGAUAGAGGAAAAAGUAAUAGCUGCACUCUAAAAGAACUUUCUUGAAUAUCUUAUAAUCUAGAAAGCUCAGCUAAUAGAUGAUUUAGGAGAGGUAAUUGACUGUGAUUUCGAAUAAUAAUCAAAUCUCAGUCAUAAUGAAAUUCACUAACAACUAGUACUUCUUAAAUAGAAGAAGGCUAUUAAGUUCCUAGUUGAAUUUCUUGAUCCAAACACUAAUUAGAAAUCUCAAUAAAUUAUAAACAUUGAGGAAAUACAAAGUGAAGCAUUGAAUAAGAUAGUUGAAAAAGCCAGUAUAGACAGGUGCUCAACCUAAGAAGAAUAGUUGAACGAGGCAAUAAAAUAUCAAAUUCUUAUUCCAGGUGUUGGAAUGAUAGCUAAUGAGAAAAUAAUGGAUGAGGUAACUUAAGAAAUGAAACUUAGGAAAAUUCCUAUAGUUAAAAGUAAUGGUAGCAUGUAAAUAUAUGCUAAAACAUUAACUGGAAAAUAAUUGACACUUGAUUGCUCACCUGAUGAAACCAUUGAAGAUAUUAAGAACAUGAUUAAUGAUAUUGAAGGCAUCCCUCCUGAUUAGCAAAGACUUAUAUUCGCUGGAAAAUAAUUAGAUGAUGGAAAAACUCUUAAGGAUUAUAAUAUCUAGAAGGAGAGCACUCUUCAUCUAGUUCUUAGAUUAAGAGGAGGCGGCUUCGGAAUAGAUUGCAUCGACUUUGAUAGCAAAUCUAAGAUAAUGGUAUCUUACCACCAUUAAAUUAUAGAUGUGAGAAAUGAAUUGGCUUAAAAGUUAGGUGUUUUUGAGCACUAGUUGGUCUUAAUAAAAGAUGGUGAUAUUCUAGAUGAUGGCAUGACAUCAAGUGAAGCCGGUAUAGCUUACAAUAGCAAUGAAAUCGAAUAUAUAAACUUCAACUAUAAAAGCAUAGUAUUUUGCUAGAGUGCUAAUGGUUCAUGGACAUAAAAGCUUUACUCAAUGCUAAACUAGGAAGAUCUAGCUUAACUAAGAGAAGAACAGGAAGAUGAGAAAUUAAAAGGCAUAGAUGAAUCAGUCUUAUUGACUCUAGUGGGAAUCAAGAUUCUAAAAGAGUAUUUUAUUGCUAAUAAGAAUGAAUGGACUCUUGUUGUAGCAAAGGGUAAAGGAUAUCUUAAAAAAUCACAUGGCUUAAGUGUAGCUGAGAUUAACUAGAUGAUAGAGCUAGUGAAAUGUUCUACAAGAUACUGA